AUGGCCGAAGGGCACGAUCGAGAAUCGCCGGUGGAAGAUGCAAUCGUCGAAAAGUGGAAAAGGGAACAAAUCGAAUUAAAGGAGAAGCUUGUGUGCAAGGACUGCAUCAUUUGGGGUGAAUCCACGAAUAAUCCAUUUAGUAACUUAAAUCUAAUCGGAGGAGUUGACAUAUCAUUUGUCAAAGAUGAUCCAGAUCACGCCUGUGCUUGCUUGGUGGUACUUUCCUUCCCUGAACUUGAGGUUUUGUAUGAGGAUUUAACCCUUGUACAUCUGAAAUUACCUUACAUACCAGAAUUCCUGGCUUUCAGAGAAGUUGGGUUCCUUGUUAAAGCAGUUUCCAAGCUAAAAGAAGUUAAACCACAUCUACUUCCACAGAUCAUUUUAGUUGACGGGAAUGGAAUGUUGCACCCCAGAGGUUUUGGAAUUGCUUGUCACCUUGGAGUGCUGACAGAUAUCCCUACUGUAGGAGUGGCCAAGACCCUUUUCCAUGUGGAUGGGAUAAAGAAAGACUCCAAAAAUGCAAAUCAGAUCAAAAACUGUCUAAAAUCUAGUGGAGACAGUUUCCCACUGAUAGGUGACUCUGGUACAAUUUGGGGAAAGGCAUUGAGAAGUACCCAAGGAGCUCCUAAUCCUAUCUACAUAUCAGUGGGCCAUAAGAUAGGACUGGAGACCGCAGUGAGUCUUGUACAUGCCACCUGUUGGUUCAGAACACCUGAACCAAUAAGACAAGUAAGAAACAAAACAGAGGCUACUGAAAAAUUAUAACAAUGUACCUGAUGACUGAG